AUGCGGUGGAUCCUUUUCACUUCUCAGUACAGGGAAACAGCAGUUGAUUACUCCAAUAAGUUGAAGUCCUUGUCCUUGAACCUCAUGGGGGCAAUCCUGGAGAGCCUAGGAGUGACGGUUCGCCACAAGCCCAACCUUGCGCUCGGCUUGCCGCCUCACUCGAACUACAGGUUUCUCAUGCUUCUUUAUCAGGACGAAUCCGGUCUAGGUCUUCAGAUUCAGCAUGAAGGGAGAUGGAUACCUAUGGAACUACCUCCCAAUACGUCGCGGUCGACGUUAGUGACCAUGUUUGAGGUUGGUAUCUUAGUUUCUGUCAUGGUUACUGUCACGAUGCACUUGUGA